AUGGGGCUCCCACUACUGCGGAGCAAGCCUGCUCAACCGCCGCUGGUGCUCUCGGCCGCGCACUGCUUCCAAAAGGUGAAGAGUAUUAUUAUAUACCCCAAAUCCAGGAAGUAUUCUCAGGACGACAUCUGCCUGCUGAAGCUGCCCUCCUCAGUCACCUUCAAUAAGCACAUUCAGCCCGUCUGUGUCCUGUCCUCCUCCUCUGAGUUUAAGAACCGGGAUGACUGUUGGGUGACUGGCUGGGGGGACAUCCAUGAGAAAAAGACAGAUCUGCCACCUCCCUACAAUCUUCAGGAAGUGCAAGUCUCCAUCAUAAACAAAUCCAGGUGUUCCUACCUGUUCCAUCAGCCUGAUUACUGCAGUCACAGCAGUAAUAAUAUGAUUUGUGCUGGCUCUGAGGAUGGCAACACUGACACCUGCAAAGGUGACCCCGGCGGACCCUUGGUCUGUGAAAAGAAUGGGCUGUGGAUUUGGAUUGGAAUUGUGAGCUGGGGAGUGGGCUGUGGGAGGCGCAACCAGGCCAGCAUCUACACUAAUGUCAGUAGUUACUUCAACUGGAUCCAGAUGCUGGUGGGCCGCAGCACACCCAGGCCAGACCCCUCUCAGUUGCUGCUGCCCCUCGCUCUGCUCUGGGCUCCCUGA